AUGAUAACGUUGAAAGAUUCAACAACGCCAUCCACAUCAGCUCCUGUUGCCGUAGUUGUUAAUAAUUGUGUUUACACACCAUCACACUAUCAAUUUCUUGCUCAAUUCAAAGAAGAAAGCAGCUAUUCCCCAGUGUCAUUUCUUCCUAAUCCUUGCGCCAUGCUUCCAUCGAAUCAAGAUGCAACUGUGACUUCAACAACGGCAUCCCGAGAAGAUUUUGGCGAAUACCAACCUUCGUUGCAUAUUCCUUAUUCAUUUAUGGCACCAAUGUCCUCAUCAGGAGAAAAUGCCACCAUCGAUAUCGAAUCAGAGAUAGUCACAACAAACCAACCAUCUACCUCCAUGAACAAUAACCACCAUCUAUAUAUUGACAACAACCAACCUAAUUUUGAAGAGACAAACAUCUUUCAUGAUUUUACAUCUACAACAACAACAACAACGCUACGAAAUCGACAACAAAAUCAUGUGGACAUGCAAUCACCUCAAUCAUUCCAUCAUUCUGACAUUAAUCGCGUAGCGACAAACACAUUUCAAAAAGUGCCUCCACAACCACCGGAUCAACAACAGCAGCAACAACCACCACCACAAACCAUGGACUUGUCUAACUUGUCCAUCUUGUAUCCCUUAUCUGGUGUGGAUGGUCUUCUUCCUGUUGAUCAUGAUCAUGUGGAUCAUUUGAUUUCCUUUUUAAAGGGAGAUGGGUUCAAUCCAAACAACACCAUGGAUGGUCGUAUGACCAACAACAACAACAUGGAAUUACUUGUUCAAGCAAACAUGAGCAGCACGAAUGAUCAUUCUAAAAUGUCGUUCAAGAACAUGUUGGUUGGCGGUCAUGAAGCUACUACAUGUAACAUCGACACGACAUCAUCCUACAUGCAUGAUACAUGCAUCAACAAUGAGCAGCAACAACAACAACCAACUCCGCUCGUGCAGGAUAACAACAAUGCGUUUACGCCUCAUUUUGCUUUCAGGAAACGAAAGAACACGAAACGAAAAAGCAUCUCAUCUUCACCAUCAUCCUCUACUUCGAACUCUUUGGAUGAGGAUCCACAACAUGUGCAGCAUGCCGAUCUCAUUCUUGACGAUGAGGAUAUUUCCAAUGACCAAUUCGCUUCUGAUCUGCAAGAUCAAGACGACCAUUCUCAUUCUCCAACAAGUAUUCGCAACAAAUCAUCAACAGGCAGUACUCACAACACGAUUGGAGCUAAAGCUUAUCCAAAUGGGAGAAAACGAGCGAGCAAAGCAUGUUUGGAAUGUCAAAAAAGACACACCCGAUGUGGAUUUGAAAGACCAUGCGAUCGGUGUACCAAGCUGGGAUUGAAUUGUGUGGAAGUAGUUUCCACAAAGAAGAGAGGAAGAUCCACGGCCAACAUGAACAACAAGAACAAGUUGAGUGAGGAAACAUUGGAUCUUGCUCCAUCUCGAAAAAAGGAAAAGACAUCUUCCAGAGCACCAAAUCAAACUGCUUCACCAAGUUCAAAUGAAAGUAAUAUUGAGAAUGUUAACAAUGCUAGUGGUAGUAGCAUCAUUGAGAAGCAAUCCGAAUCGAGCAAUCCAAAUGAAGCAUCUUCAUCUAGUAUUCCAAAUGGGUCAGAGCAACUUCUUCUCAAACCAAUUCAAAAUCUUCAAGCUCUUCAUCAUUGA